AUGGCAUGGAAGACAACGCCGAAAAGCGGGAAGACUACCAUCUUCCCCGGCAAGUUUAAAACCUUUGUCAGAGAUGUUGCGGGUCUGAAGCGCACGGCAAGUGGGCAUCAUCUCUCGCCCCGUCCCAGCACCGCAGAGUCCACCGCCACCGACUCGGAGCGGGCCUGGUCAAUUGCUAGCGACUUUGACUGUCCGGAGGAGCAGCCCGAACACAAGGCGGGCAUCUCUGUUCAAUUGUCACUGGACUUUGACGAGCCACUCGAAUUCUCCUGUAAAAGAUGCUACAAUAGCUCUCCAGACUUCAAGCCAAGUGAACGUCUAUUGAGAGGCCUCUUGAGGAGAAUAGAUCAUGGCGCCUUUGAACUCAUCACGCGCAAAGACCCCGUUGCAACGGCGACGACCAAGGGUGAUGGCAAGGAAAAGCCAAAGAGGUUUGAAAUGACCUUUGAGAUAAGCCAGAAGGGAUCUGUCUGGGCGACGCGGAAAUACUCCUCGUAUCAGAAAGAUGUCAUGACGGCAAAUUCUGUCAAGGAAGUUGUGCUCUCAUCUCACCGCUUAAUAGGUCUCUUUUUAAGGAGGCAUGAUCCUGAAUUUGUCUGGAGGGAUGGUCCGUUCCGUGACGAAAUCCCGGAAGGCCCGGAAACGGCGCCCUAUAGAGUGGGCGGCGUACAACCCAUGAACUGCAUCCCUCGAUCUCGCUUCUUGGAAAAGACACAGACAUUCGAAGCACUGCCCGGCUUCAAACUUGAGCUUUCGAUAACGAGCAGGUGCCAACGCCGCAGACCACCGGAAUGGAGCCAGACCCUCGAGGUAGAGAGUGAGCAGACGUCACCAUUGAACCUGGCAAUAGCCGAGGCUUUGUUUGCAAACGCAUCGUAUGCCGUGGAGGGGACACUUGGUCACAGACGGAGAUCCGUGGAGGAGCGACAUCGCCAGAGCUGUGGGUUCAUUGCAGCACAUUGUCCACACUACGAGGAAGAUGCCACCAAGCUCAGCCUUCGUAUCAUCAACAAUCUCGGGCCACAGUUUGACCAUCUGGAGAAAGUCAUGGCGAGCAAAUUGGUUCUCAUCACCGACGUCAAUACCAAGAACGUGACUGAGCUCAUGAGCAAUCUUGAAAAAGCGUUGCAGGCCUCGCGAGACAUCGCUGAUCGCACGAUUAGUGCAACAAACGAUUUUGAGUUCCGUAUCGUCGAGCUCAGUGGCCGAGGCUGGAACAUUGACGAACCACUAGUCUUCACUUUGGGCCCAGCCGACUCGUACUCGCGGCGAAGUAUCCAAGCCAUUCUAGACAGGGUGCAGGCUGGCGUCGCAGAUGUUCUUCGCGGAAAUGCCGCCACUGUUCGCAUGACGGCAGCCAAACGCGGCCAUUACAUCCUCGACAAGACUCUUAUCGCUCCACGCGAUGUGACCACUGACACCGGCGGCUGGAGUAUACCUUCCAAGAACAAGACAAAAGUUGUGGACAAACUCCGGCGCCGCGUUCUCCAGGAUAUUGACAUGAUCUGCAAGGACACAUGUUCACUCGAUAACUUGGACGAGAGCGAACCGGCCGCAAUCAAAGAUCUUCCCAGUAAAGUAGACGUCUUUGGCCAGGCUGAGUUUGAAGCCAUCAAAAUACCUCUUCCUGGAACACCCUGCCCUGAUCCCAUGACAAGGGCUCGAAGCCCAGCCGAUGGUUAUGCCACGCCUCCUGGCUCAGCGGGCAGUCUCUUGCCUCAAUCCCCCGGCACAGCACUGGCCAACAUUUCUCCCGAGAGACCCAAGCCAAGGUCUUUUGCCUACUACAGGGAUGGUGUCCGAGCCUUCCCUUUGAUUUCCCCUACAAGUUCAUAUGGUUUCAUCGAUAAGCGAGCUCCAGCGUAUUCGGUUCGCGAGGAUAAACCGGUGGAUGCCCUUGGAUUGAACCAAAGUACAGAGGGUCAACAUGGGACCCAGGAACAUGACAUCAACGGAAACAAGGACAUCAAAGUCGCAGCUCCUCCGAAUGGCGCUGCUAUAUCAGGCACCGACAGACCACAAUCGGGUCAGGACUUGCAAACUCAAGUCCUGGUUCGGGAUUUUGCAGAGUCUGAUACCAGACGGAUGUCUUCUACAGGCAUGUCAGAUCAGGCUAGGCACAGCGAAGCAGAUGAUCUCUCGAUUGCACCGUCAACACCGAGUCUGGUCUCUGGAGGUCUUCAUUCGGCUGCGAGCAGCUUGUCCAUGUUCACACCCCAGUUUCAUGCAGCCGGCUCAGGCUCGGAAUUGGACAUGAUGCUAUCUCCUGGUACUCCAGACAGUAAUCGCGAUCUUCACACCUUGAACGAGACGGUUGAAGCAGGAUCUCAUGCCAAACUCUCAAACCCCAUCAUUUCCUUGGAGUUGAUCUCACCGUUGAGACGCUCCAGUUUGACGAAGCAUAAGCAUAUGCCAUCUCCUCUCCAGCAACAGAAUCAUUUGAGUGACGAGAGUGUAUCUGAAGUCAGGGAUACUUUAGAAGGCAAUGCACAUAUCAUCGACAUGGAGACAAGCACGUCCAAUGACGGACAAGCUCAUCAGAUGCCCGACAACCAGCAGCAAGAGAGUGAGGUCAGCAAACAAGACAAUAAAACGGCAUUAUCUGCAGAGGGCACAGAUGCGUCACCGGUCACUCCACAAUUGCCUGAGAAACUCGCAUCUUUUGCAGCAACAACUUCUAGCCAAAAGAAUCGUUCUGAAAAGGCUUCUUCGCAAUUGCCACCACCACCAGUCCGCCACGAGGACUACUCUGAUAAUGUCAUCGAGGAUAAUGAAAGAAAUCAAUCAUCUGAGACGCCACAGCAAGCAACAGCUGAUGUAGAGAUUACUCUGAACGAUGACACCCAAACUCCAACCAAGACGGCUUAUGCAGAGGUUCGUACACCAUCUGAGGGAUUCGCGCAAACACGUCAAGAUUUUGAUUUUUCUUCACCAUGGUCUACUGCUUCCCCGUAUAGCGAGACAUCACAGCCUGCCUUUUAUAAUAAUCUGGACAAUGCUGUCGAGAGCGAGCCCGAGGAUUCCAGGAGUAGGACUAACAACAAAUCAGUGAUACCACGAUCACUUGCCACGAGUCUGGUACGUUCACCGCCACCCUCCCGGACCCGUCGCAGAUCGUUUGGCAGCGCUGGGUUCCUGGGAAUUCGUGUUGGUGAACCCAGGCUAAUCGAGGUGGGGUUACGCAGGGCGUUGAUGAUACCAAUGAUCAAGGGGAUACGAGGCUCGCCGAUGACGGCGACGUCUUUGUGGAGUAAUAUGCAUCAGCACGGCACGAGAGGGCAGUCGGCUUCUUCAGGCAUGGAGAUGGGCUUCGCCAUCAGACCUGCGACGGCGCACGGAAAGGGUGCAGUCCUUUUCGAGCCCGAUCCAGACCAGACAAAUGUGAAGAGAUCCGCUAGUUCCGGCAUGCUUCAAGAUUUGUUGCUUGUCGAGGCCAAGGACAAUGAUGCCAAGCAAGAGGAAGAGGACAGCGGCACUAGCCAUGAAGGCGACAGGCGCAGGAGCGCAAGUCCAGUGUUCUUCAUGCCAGCAGUCACAUUUGCCUCGAGGCUGAUCGGAGGCACCAAAUGA